CUUGUUCUUUUAUUUAUUUCUUUCAAAGAUUAACAAAAUUUUUUCUUUAAAAGAUUAAUUCCAAAGAAAGCAAAAUUGGAUACAAAUCCAAGAAUGGAAACCACAGUUCCAACCUUCUGAUUCCUUCAGAUACACUCCUUUCCCCUCCGCUUUAUAUUUUCCAUAUCUCCAGAUCGGUCAAAAUUUCAAUCUGGGAUCCUUCUUUUGUUCUCUAUUCUUCUUCCUGCAAAGAAUUCUUUGAAAAAGAUUGGUUUUUUGAAAUCUUUUCUGCCGUUAUUUUCAUUCUGAUGUCAGACGUUUACAAGGACAAUCCCUUCGCCGAUGAUGAAAUCAACCCAUUUGCGAAGAACUCUGGGAGUGUCACGCCGGCAUCAAACUCCAAGCUUUCCCCUCUUCCUCCAGAACCGGUGGACUAUGAUCACAGUGCAACUGUUGAUAUUCCUCUUGACACAUCCCAGGAGUUAAAGAAGAAGGAGAAGGAACUCCUAGCUAGGGAGGCUGAACUGAAAAAGAAGGAAGAGGAGCUGAAAAGGAGGGAAGAUGCCAUUAAAAAAGCUGGGGUUGUAAUAGAGGAAAAGAAUUGGCCACCUUUCUUUCCCAUAAUUCACCAUGACAUCUCAAAUGAAAUUCCAAUCCAUCUACAGAAGUUGCAGUACGUUGCGUUUACUACAUUGUUAGGACUUGUAGUCUGUCUUAUCUGGAAUACCAUAGCUGUGACCUUAGCUUGGAUUAAAGGAGAAGGUCCGACAAUAUGGUUUCUUGCCAUCAUUUACUUGAUAUCAGGUGUCCCGGGAGCCUUUGUUUUCUGGUACCGCCCUCUUUAUCGUGCAAUGAGGACUGAUAGUGCAUUGAGGUUUGGCCAAUUCUUCUUGUGUUAUUCGAUCCACAUCGGGUUUUGUGUUGUUGCUGCAGUUGCACCUCCCAUCUUCUUUAAAGGGAAAUCUUUGACCGGAAUGUUACCUGCGCUUGAAGUUCUAAGCGACAAUGCAUUGGUUGGGAUAUUCUACCUCAUAGGAUUUGCAUUCUUCUGCAUUGAAUCAUUGAUAAGCAUAUGGGUGAUUCAGCAAGUAUAUGCUUAUUUUCGUGGAAGCGGAAAAGCGGAAAGUAUGAAGAGGGAGGCUGCGAAAUCGACGAUGAUGGCUGCGCUAUAAUUUUAUGGCGGAUGGACCCUUUAGCUCAGAGAACUUUGAGUUAUAUAUGAUUUAUUCCAUUAUUUUUUUUAUAUUAUUAUUUUGAAGUUUUUUUAUCAGUUUAAUCCUUGAUGAAGCUUAGGUUAUGGUGGUAGAGACAGUAUAUGUCAGUCUUUUUUUUUUUGGUUUGAACUGAAAGUUGAUCUUUAGUAUCAUAAUCUCAUUUGUGGGUUUUAGCUUUUUAUUGUGAUUAUAUGUAUUGCAUGUUUGGUGUGGGACAGAAAAAGAGAGGAGAGAAUAGAGAUAAAGAAAGGAGAGAGAAUGAAAGAAAGGUUGACUAUUGUU